AUGGCCGGAGCAAGCGCGAGGGCGCAGAAGCCUGUCGGCUCUGCAGCUUGGAUCUCCACCGAAAAGGAAAACUCCGUGCAGCUAGUUGACCAAGAGUUGGAAGAAAUCGAGUUUCCCGUGCGAUAUGAGAUGGAAUGGCUGAACGAACACAUGGCAGAAGUCUUCUCAAACAAUCAAUUUAACUUUACAGAUGUUUUCAAGACCCCCGGAAAGCUACGAGGCAAAACCCCUCGCACGUUGCGGAAACGUGAUGCGACCGAGAAUCGAGUGCCCUUGAGCGAGAUCUUCUCCUCGGUGCAAAAAAACAGAGUCGAUACCAAAUAUACCCCCAGCCCUGCACUUCACCGUUCGCCUACGAAAACCACAACUAUUCCGACUGUCCCUGCCCCUUUAGCUCAGGCCAAAAGCAACGCGGCAAAACCUCCUCAGCCUCAGUACCCCGACUUGACGCAAGACCUCAACUCCUUUUCACAAUACAACACGGACUCGGGAUAUCAUGGAAUGCCGGAUGAGGACGAAGACGAUGAGAUGGUUCUGACGGAAAUCGCGACAGAGACUCAACUAUCCACACAACCGAUGGACCUUGAGCCCAUUUCACUCAAUGAAGUGGUGCGCCGCUCGUCCGUGGACCGUCGUACGACAGAUGCAUCGUUCCACUCCGCUCGCGAAGAUGUUCGAAAUCGCGGCGAGACCGUCGAGCCGAUGAACAUCGAUCCUCCAAAGGAAAACCGUGAAAAACCUGGACCACGACCGGAACCGGCCAAGCAAGCCGAACCAACUCCAGAGCCAGUCGUGGAAGACAAGCCUUCUCCAAACCAGCAGACCGCGACCGCGCUGGAAUCGGAAACGGAACCGAAGGCCAAAGAUGUACCAAACAUUGACGCCAAAUCAUCGCCGGUUCAUGAGACGAGUGUUCAACCUUCCUCGCCUCCGCACAAUGAAUCCGAGAAGGAUGAGAUGGUCCUUGAUAAUCUGGAUGAUAUUGACUCGCCGUCCGACGUGUACUCCCCCGAGAGGCCGCUCAUCCGCAAGAGCAGUCUUAGCUUUGCCUCACUCCCUGCCCGCGAACCACUUACCUCUAAAAGCAUCGGAGGAUCAAGGCUCUCGAGAACGAGCCAUAUCGAACCGGUCAGGGCAAGCAUUGCGACCGGAUCAAACUAUCUUGGACGACAAACUGGCCACCGAGCCACACAGGCUGUGGAUGAGCAGACCGAGAAGAUGGAUGUCGACGACGUAAAGGAGACUGCGGUCGAGGAGUCCGACGUGGAUGCCAAGGCGAGCAAGCUCCAUAAUAAAUCAUCUACUCAACGCUUGCACGAGAAGAUCAGUAUGCUUGGCAAGAUGCAACCUUCGCGGCCCACGAAGUCCAUUCCCGCUGCGGCAGGUCUGUCAACAGCACAGGUCUCAUACCCAGAACUGCCUGCGGCUAAACCCGCAGCGAAGCAAGAGUCACAAGAGAAGCUCCCCGCAACCACUCCGGCCCAAACAACAGCCAAUGCAGGGGAUGACUGGAUCAAGCCAUUGAGCUCUCCGCUCCAGGCGCAGCCGAAGAGCCCGCUUUCCAACUUCAAGUACAAAUACUCCGGUCCCGCGACUAGCGAUCAGCCCGAAGAGCCCGUCUCUCCAGUUAGGUCAAAGGCCAUCGAACCGGCGACAAAACACCAGUCAGCACAAGAAUCUGACCCUGUUCGCCAAAGGUCUGCCACACCGAUAUUCUCCUCACCCCAACGGCACGGUCACCAGAAGAGUGCGUCCGUUAAUAUUGACAACAAAAUGACAACUACGCCGAUUGCUACUCCUACCCGCCAGGAUGGUCCAUUGAGUACGCCCAAGUCAAGGUUUCAAUCACUCGUGAAAACAGCCAAGGGGCUGUUCACAAGCUCUGGCGGUGUUUCAGCAGUUGCUCGAAUGGAGGCUUCGUCGCCGGACGAGCCCAAGACCCGUCUACAGCGAGCACACACUGAUAUUUCUCGUGGUAGCCCUCGGCCGCUUUCGGUAUUCAGUCCUCCCAGGCAAGAAGGUCGCCGAACUCGUAGCUCCACCGAACGGGAGGAGAAGCGCAAACAACUGGAGCUUGAGGAGCGUAAACGGGAGGAAGCCGCGGAAGUCGCCCGCCAACAGGAGAAGGUUCGCACAAUGCACAUGGCAGCACGGGAAAGGUCACGGACCGAGUCCGCAGUCCAGGCCCCGGCUGUUCCGGUGCUGUCGUCGAGCCCGGUUCGAGCUCCACAGGCGAAGCCAUCGAGAGAACCCGAGCCCACCGCUGACCCUGCCCCUAAGCCUACAAUACAAUCAUCUGUUCCGCAACCGACCAGACAAAAUGACCGCCGUCCUACCAGGCCUACCCGGGAGCCCCAGCAAAAGCCGAAACCUCAGCCGGUAUCCAUUCGAGUCGGCAGCGCUCUCGGGCGCCAUGUGCCCCUCACGUCUGCUACUGAGUCAAGUAUUCCCGCACCGGUGCCGCCACCAUCCGCGACAAAGGCUCCCACAUUGAAGAAGAAGGCAAGCAGCUCGUCGCUUCAUACGAAUCCUUCGACCAGCAGCUUCAAGACCUCCGGCUCGAGUCAAACGCGGGGGAAGACGCAGCUUGCGAGCGAGCGAAAGCGGGAGCAGGAGGAACGCGAGGCGCGUCGAAAGGAGGAACAUAGGCGCGAGCUCGAGCGCAAACGCGCAGCUCAGCAGCUGCAGCAGCAGCAAGAAGAGGCUCGUCGCCAGGAGGCCCGCAGUCGUGCUGAGACCGAGCGCCGGGAGCGACUCGCGGAAGAUCCGAAGAAGGCGGCCCAGAUGCAGGCGAUUGAAAAGCGACGACUUGAGAACGCCAAAAGACUCGAGCGACAGGCUAGUCAACAGCCUGAUACGGCUGGUCCUCAACCCCAACGCGAAACCGGCGCAGGUCGCCCGCUGUCCCGACUCGGGUCGGUGCUUGGUCGCGUUCAGCCAGCGCCCAACCCGGCUAAACCGCCUAAGAGAGGCUUGGAGGAGGAGGCGAAUCACCGCGCUGCCACAGCGAAGCCUGGUACAAUGCAACCGUCUGGUGAGACUAAGCGGAGGAGGACAGAUGAUGAACAGAACGCUGCCUCUAUGCGGCCAACGAUGGCUCCGCCCAUCCGGCAGUCUAAUAUCCUCAAGGAACCCGCUAAGAAGCCUUCCAUGUAUGGCGCUGGACAACUCUCGGCCGUACCGCAACCGGGGUCGUCCAUGUUCAAGACUGGACAACCCCAGAGGCCUGCGCACCCAAUGGACAUGGCCAAGUACGCUAAUGGCAAAAUUCCUUUUGCCGAAUCUUCGAGCGCUGCCGGACCGUCGCAACCGCAUCGAACCCCUGGUGCUAGCGUCAGUAGAGAGGCCAAACCGUCACCGAAUUAUCCCAAUGGCGAGAACAUCCAUCUUCCUGAGAUAGCGACUGACAGCGAAGACGAGGACUCAGAUGCCGACCUGGCGCCGGUGCCCAAAUGGGCCCAGCCCAAGGAGCUUGAGCUGCAGCUCCGCGGACAGGAAGGCUUGGAGGCGGAUGCCAUCUUCGGGCCAAUCGCACCGUUCUCACUCGAGGAGACGUUCAAGUCAGACAAGAGGAUCAAGAAGUUCCGGGAGCGGACAAGUAGUGCCAACUGGGCAGGACCAGACGGGCUGACCCAGGAGGAGAUCCGAAAGGACAUUGCAGAGCGGCAGCGUCUGCGGAUGAACGGCGGCUGGAGUUUUGACUUGUGA